AUGCCGGUCAAUCGCUUUACGACGCAGAUGGUGACGGGCAAUUUAUUGUAGUCUGUGAAACAGAUAGAAGCUUGGUACGCAUAUGGCGCAUAUUGUAUUAUACAUAGUCAGCCAAUUUGGCAGAAUUGUGAAUAAAGUAGUCUUAAUACGAAAUCAAACAAAUUGAAAGAAGAUUUCUAUGAGAGUUCUAGCCAUAGUAUUAGGGCAAAGUUCAUAUAAUAAACUUAGGGAAUGAGGGUAACUUUUCGCCAUAACCUUUAAGAAUAUAGACAGCCACGCAGCACACAAGCCAAGGCGGACCCCUUUGUAGAAUAACAUUCUGUUAAGAAUAAGUUUGCCUCGUAUGCUCGCUGAGUUGAAUGAACCAAUCGAUAGACUAUGCGGUCACAUCGAUUGACAUACAUUUUGCCUAAAGAUAUUAUGGAUCAAUAACUCAAUCGACGUCUCAAGUGUGAGGCUCUAAUUCCGUGUCGGUAGGACUUGCAUGAGUAUUUUGGUUAUCACUUUUUUAUUCAUAAUUUUAGUAUGCUGUAAAUACAAGCAAGCUGGUACACAAUAUAGAAAAUAAUGAAUCGAAAUUAGAUUGGAUUAGAACUGAUGUCUAUCUUCGCCGUAUUCUACCUCUUUUAAACAAAACGGAUUAUCUGGAAUGGGAGUACAUGUCCAACCUUCUGCUAUAACCGUGGGUUCAACGAUGAACUACAACAGAGUAACAGCACUGGAAAAAUGGAAAACAGAUUGGUUCCACGAGACUAGCAACCUAUUCACGGUAACAACAGAUCAAGUAAUUGGAUGUAACGAAAGUCAAUCCGCUGCACUCCACGAAGCAGAUUCUACGAGUAAGUAUCAUUCACGAAUGCUGCAGAAUCGAGCGAAGUUGAACAUGGUUGUUUCUAUGGUAGAAAGAUAUGUAAAAGGAGCGUUGUCCGUCGAACACCCUUCAGCAAAUUUGUUGACGACACUUCCAGAAAAGGGAUACGACAUCAGUUCAAACAUCACACCCUGGACCAUGGUUAGUCCGGACGAGGUUUGUCCAAUGGACAGGCACAACCAAGAAUCAUUACCUGGUGAACAGAAUCUCAAGAAACGAUUUACUGUAGACGAAGCACUGGAAACUUUAUCACAAGACGACGAAAGCAUUAAUUUCGAAGUCGAAAGAAGCAAUGAAGAAUAUGCCCAUUUUCCGUCAAAUGAUGUGGAGGUCAAACACGAAGAUCCAAGCAGCGACCUACUCGCUCAAGCAUGCGAAAUUAUAAACAAACGUGCAAAUACCGGCACAGAAAGCGACAAAGAUGUCGAAUCCAAUUAUGAAUAUACCUCAAAUAUACCACAGCAUGAAGUUAAGAAAUCCGAGACUUCUGCUGAUUCGCCCGACUCUCCAGAUACCCCUACAAUUCGACUUGGCCAUUCCAAUCCAAUUCAAAUCAUUGGUUCACCAACACUCACCACUUCUGCCCCGCCAAUUACACAAUUAAAAACAGCACCUACCACCACAAAAUCCCUAAAACUUGUAAAUGGAAAGAGCUUACAAUCUAUGAUAGCUUCAGGGGCAAAAUUUGUAAUAUUGGCACCAGCAAAUGGCAAAAUUAAAAACAGCACUACCCCAAUAAUUUCUGCUCAGCAAAUAGCAGCAAAACAAGCAAAACUCGUGGAAAUCGUACCGGCAACACUACCCGACGGGAGAGUAAUACAUUUGGAAUUAACGCGAACCCCAUCACCCACACAGUCUAUGGAGCUAGGAGGUAAUAAGACUGGGGUGAGGCACGUUAUACUCCCUCAGCCUGCAUACGAAAAGACGCAAAAACGGUCCUAUGGAAAAAUCAUACCCGUGAGAAAAUACAAUGCAACACUGGCCUCGCAGAUGGCGGCAAAGGGAAAGCUAAAUCAAAUUAACGAUAUUUUGAAUAACAAAAAAGCUCAAAAAAAUGUACCAAUGGUGUAUUUGAAAAGGCCUUCUAAAGAAAUUGUGUUUGCAAACAAUUCAAAUCCACAGCCGAGUGGGAAAAUUGUUCAAAUAACGCCGGUACCCCCAGGUGUAUUGAGUAAUUUACAGCAAUCCGAUGCGCAAGUGGUGUUUCAAAAUAUUCCCAUCGUUUCUUCAAACACGUCUAUUACUCGAAACGAAUCUGUUGUAUCUCAAAUGAGGAAUCGAACGCUCGAUGGUGAAGUAAAACUCGACAAAGAAGCAACAACUGCGGAUGUCAACGGAAUGAUGGUGAAGCAUGAAAAAUUAGAUUCGGAAAUUUCUUCUUUCCCGCAAGAAAGCAAUUGCAAUGGACAUUCAGAAAUGAAAACACUAGAGUGCAAUACGGAUCAAGCAUUUGGGGACGAAGAAUUCAACUUCAAAGACUUGAAUGAGUUCAUGGACCAGUUGCCAUCGCCGGGAGAGGGAAAUGAUGAUAUAGGAUCCCUAUGCCACGAUGAUAUUUUAGACGAUAUGAUCCGAGAAGCUGGCGACCCAGAACGCGAUUACAAUAAUUUGCCGAUAUCAGCAAAUAAUAAUGCGUUACCAGGCUUUGUUGAUGUCACCGAAACAACCAGAGUUUCAACUGAAUCUAAUUGUGGCGUCGCUAAAGAAAGUCAACCAACGCUUCGAGGUGGUUCUCGAGUUCAUUCAACAGCUUUAUCUUAUACUCUUCCGGCAAUAUCCGCUGUUCACCCUGUUCUACAAGAAGUUGAAAACAUGAUAAAGAGACGAAAUGCGUCAAACGAAAACAGAAAAAGAAAAGCGCUAUCAUCGAUUGAUUACAAUGCAAGAGGUGACAAUCCCAUUGAAAUUCCUAAACCAAAAAGGAAAUAUACCAAACGCAUGGAAGUGAAAGAAGGUGCAGACGAGAAAUCUUCAGUAAUGAUUCUAGGACCAACAGCAGCAGCGGCCGCCAAGAAUCCAUAUCAUAAACCUCCACUGCCGUACAACAUCCUAAUCUACCUCGCAUUUAAAGAUGCAAAAUUUCGAUGUUUAACUGUGAAGCAAAUUUAUAAUUUUGUCUUAAAAACUUUCCCGUACUUUACGGAAGCUCAUCAGACUUGGCAGAAUGCAAUCAGGCAUCAGCUAUGCUGUUGCAAAAUUUACGUGAAAGUUCCCCUAGUGGAAACUGAAAAUGGGGUUGAGAAGUUGACCGCAAGAUCUGCGUGGAAAAUUUCAAAUGACGAAAGUAUUUCAAAAUUAGAGGAUGACGCAGUAUCGACUAUAAUGAAGAAAGAUACCAUGGAAAAGUUGAAACUAUCCCUGUUCGAUCCUGGACAAUUUUCAGUAUUAUUUGGAGACGUUCUCGCCUCUGCUGACGAACAAAGCUUCAGAAUAAGCGAAAAUGCUCGGAACGUUCAAACGUAUUGGCAAAAUAACUCGGAAUUUUGCAGCAACAGUCGUGUGUCGUCUAAAAGCAACAAUAUGCCGUCGAAGACGAAACGCGAUCAUUCAAAAGUUCAAAAAAUGAAUAAAUCAGAGUCCCAAUAUUUGAAUAACGUUGAAAUAUCACCCCCUAUUUUGUACGAUUCCUCUACAGCUGAUGAUGACGACUUGUCUUCGUACCAUGAUUUUCCUCUUUUUGAAAGUUUAUCGGAUUCACCACAUAGUUCACCUUUUUUCGAUAUCUCGCCUAAAACUGUGGAAAAGAGUUCAAUUUAUAAUUUUUGAUAUCGCAAAAUUCAAUUUUCUGAUUGUUUUACAACACUAGUGCAAUGAAUUAAGAAUGUGAUAUCAUUCACCAACUGUAUGUAUAGUAACAUGUUGCUUUUUCUUUUAAUUUAUUGUCAAAAUAUAAUCAUCUAUGGCCAAGUAUAAUUUAGAAUGAGUUCAAGGCCAAAUCAGGGCCAUAGUUCAUAUCAGAUUUUUAUUUAUUCCACACCAUACUAAUAUUAUUAUUGUCAUAUACAAGAGUCUUUGUAGGCAGCUCUCUUUCAAGUACUCGACUUUCGUUUUUUUUUAUUCUCUUGUGAUUUAAUUAUGUGCAACAGGUAUGACUUGUCAUUAUUUCUUUUUAUUGUACGCUAUUUAUUACACUUCCUAAUAAUUCAUUUUGUCGUGUUUAAUACAUAUAUAUUAUAUACGUUUUGUACUUGUCUAAUAAAAUCCUAAAUGAUGCUCAA